GGCUAAGGAGUCAGGACCCAAAUCUGGAAGCCGUUUGGCAUGCUGCUGGCAGUGCGGCUCAGUCCCCCGCAGGGCCUCUCACUGAAGCAGACCUCAAAGCCUCCAGGUCUUCUUGGCCAAUUGUCAUGUUUUUGGCUGUCGUUUUCGGUGGCCCUUAUCUUAUCUGGCGCCUUUUGUCCUCACUGGCGCCAACUGUCAAGUCAAAGACUAAGGCCUGGGUAACAGGGGAGGGAGAGCACUAUGCUGCUGUCGGUGCUUAUAAUUUUCAGGCUGGAAACCAAAAAGAACUUUCCUUCAGUGCUGGCCAAUGUUUGUUUUUAGCCCCCAAGAAUCAGCAGCCCAAUGUGCGGGGAUGGCUCUUAGCAUCUAACAAGAAAAACACUGGUCUAGUCCCUGCCAAUUACAUCAAGAUUUUAGGUCUGCGACAGGGGUCACCUGCAGCCAGUAACAAUGUAUCUAAACAACGAGAUGGUUCAGGAUCAGGGAUCACAAGUAAUAUGGGUAACAGGAGUAUAACUUCCGGGAAUUCCAGUGUGCCACAUUCAGCACUUCCUGCCGAAGCUCAGAGCUCGUCAGAUGAAUAUCAUGUAAUGGAGGUUGGGAAGUUUCAAAAGUUGAGUACGAGUCAACCCACCCAGCAAACUGCUCCAGUACAUGAACUGUCAACACCAACACCUACUCAUCCUCUGGUUUCCCAAGAAAACGAAAAAAGUGACAUACCAGGUCUACAUGACAAUGGUAAUUUUGCUCAGGAAUAUGCUAGUUAUACCGACAGUGCAAUAAAUGGGCCGCAGGCAGAUGUGCCAGACUGUGAUGAGGACAAAAGUGUUGAUCUGCUUCUGACCUCAAGUGAUGCAGCUGAUGAUACCAAAGAUGAUAGUCAGAAACUACUUGAAAAUAAGACUUAAUAUGAUGGGAACUGUAAUAGGAUAACAUUUUAGGCUAAAUAAUGUAUGGCAGGUAUACUUUGCUAUAUAUACUUAUAAUCUUGAGAUGUAUUAUUAAGGUAUAAGUGAAAAUAA